UAUUUUUAUUUUAAGGAAAGAUCUGUCGGUAUCAGUAAUGAAGUGUUGGUGGUUCUGUCACUGGGCUCAAAUACUACAAGAAUCCAGUCCUGGAAAGGGUGACAGUCCAUGGCCUCUGCAGGUGGAAUGUUUACACGUGCGGUCACUGACCUUUACAUCAACGGGACACAAACCGACCGGACAGUUACCCUUAAACAAAACACUCUGACCUCAAGUUCUAAGCAAGUCCGGUCCUACUCAACAAGAGCACGUGAAUCUCUUCCAAGGUACACGCUUGCGUCCUCCUCCUAUAUACAAGUGGCACGAGUCCACUUCCCGGAGAACACAGUUUUUGGGGGAAUGUCACGUUACCGGACUUAAACAUCAAAGUGGAUCAGUAUACCGAACCGCUCUGUUCCUGGGAUCCAUGAUAAGUUUCAAACACGGACAAGGGACAUUUUGUGUUGAUGAGCCACUAUGCCUGCCGGAUCAGUGAAAUUACGAAGCAUCAGAAAGCUUGGACAGGAGAAUCGCGGCUAUGAUAUUUCAGAUGAAGAACCAGCUGGCUCUUACAUGAGCAUGACAUCAUCCAAGGAACAUGACAAAGCUCAAGGGAAGAAGGAGCUGCCAGCAAUACGAGUUGGCUUCUUUCAGCUGUUCCGUUUCGCUACAUGCAACGAGGUGGUGAUGAUGGUGGUGGGGAGCGUGUGCGCCAUACUGCACGGCUCAGCCCAGCCUCUCAUGCUGCUGGUGUUCGGCCUGCUCACGGACACCUUCAUCGAGUACGACAUUGAGCUGAACGAGCUGAGCGAUGAGCGGAAGGAAUGCGUUAACAACACCAUCCAGUGGAAGAAGAACUACACUGAUACACUCAUGCAAGGCAUGAACCAGUCACACUGGAGCACCAUCAACUAUUCUGACUGGGAGAUACUGGCGCCACUGAGGGGCAGGUCAUGUGGGCUCCUUGACAUUGAAUAUGAAAUGACCUUAUUUGCCUUCUAUUAUGUCGGAAUUGGAGCAGCUGUGUUCAUUUUGGGAUAUUUUCAGAUCUCUCUGUGGGUAACUGCUGCUGCCAAGCAGAUUCGGCUUAUUAGAAAAAUCUACUUCAGCAAAGUGAUGAGGAUGGAGAUUGGCUGGUUCGACUGCACCUCGGUGGGCGAGCUGAACACGCGCAUGUCUGAUGACAUCAACAAGAUCAACGACGCCAUUGCGGACCAAGUGGCUAUUUUUAUGCAGCGUUUCACCACCUUUGUGUGCGGCUUCUGCGUAGGCUUUGUGAAAGGAUGGAAGCUGACACUGGUCAUCGUGGCAGCCAGUCCACUGCUUGGCGUUGGAGCAGGCCUCAUGGCUCUGUUUGUGGCUAAGCUGACAGGUAUGGAGCUGCAGGCCUAUGCUAAAGCUGGAGCCGUUGCAGACGAGGUCCUCUCCUCCAUCAGGACGGUGGCUGCUUUUGGUGGAGAGAAAAAAGAGGUUCAACGCUAUGACAAGAAUCUGGUAUCAGCACAGAGUUGGGGCAUUAGGAAGGGAUUGAUCAUGGGCUUUUUCACUGGAUACAUGUGGCUGAUUAUCUUCCUGUGCUACGGCCUGGCCUUCUGGUAUGGCUCCAGUCUCGUGGUGGACACAGAGGAGUACUCACCAGGGACACUUCUACAGGUCUUCUUUGGGGUUCUGAUUGCAGCCAUGAAUUUGGGUCAAGCAUCACCAUGUCUGGAAGCAUUCGCUGCAGGACGGGGAGCAGCAACUAUCAUCUUUGAAACCAUGGAUCGAGAGCCUGAGAUUGACUGUUUAUCUGAAGCAGGAUAUAAGCUUGAUCGAGUCAAAGGUGACAUUGAGUUUCACAAUGUGACCUUUCAUUACCCUUCCAGGCCAGAAGUGAAGAUCUUGGACCAGCUCAGUGUUGCGGUGAAAUCAGGUGAGACGACAGCCUUUGUCGGCCCAAGUGGCGCCGGAAAGAGCACAGCUGUCCAACUCAUUCAGCGCUUCUACGACCCAAAAGAGGGGAUGGUGACUCUCGACGGUCAUGACAUCCGCGGGCUGAACAUACAAUGGCUUCGCUCACUCAUCGGCAUCGUGGAGCAGGAGCCUGUGCUGUUUGCCACCACCAUUGCUGAGAACAUACGCUAUGGUCGUCCCGGCGUCUCCAUGGAUGACAUCAUCACCGCUGCCAAAGAGGCCAACGCGUACAACUUCAUUAUGGAUCUGCCACAGAGAUUCGACACCUUGGUAGGCGAGGGUGGAGGUCAGAUGAGUGGCGGUCAGAAACAGCGUAUUGCAAUCGCUAGAGCGUUGGUAAGGAACCCUCGCAUCCUGCUGCUGGACAUGGCCACCUCUGCACUGGACAACGAAAGUGAGGCUGUAGUCCAAGAGGCCUUGGAUAAAGUACGCAUGGGACGGACCACCAUCUCUAUCGCCCACCGGCUGUCCACCAUAAAGAACGCAGAUGUGAUCGUCGGCUUUGAACAUGGCCAAGCGGUCGAGAGGGGCAAACACAGUGAACUGCUGGACAGGAAGGGUGUCUACUUCACCCUGGUCACCUUGCAAAGCCAGGGAGACAAGGCCCUCAAUGAGAAGGCUCGGCAAAUGGCUGAAAAUGUACCAGAGAAGAUCAGUCUAUCCAGGGGCGGAAGCUACCGGGCCAGUUUGAGAGCCUCCAUCCGUCAGAGAUCCAGAUCGCAGCUCUCUAACCUGAUUCCAGAAUCUUCCGUUCCCAUCGUUGGAGAGCUCGGCCCCAGAGCCCACGCUGUGUCACAAGCAGACAAAUCCAAGGAUGCCACCCCAGAAGAGGAGGAUGAAGAACCUGUGGAGCCUGCACCUGUUGCUCGGAUCCUGAAGUACAACUCGCCUGAAUGGCCUUACAUGCUUUUUGGAUCUCUUGGGGCUGCUGUGAAUGGAGGGGUCAACCCCGUCUAUUCGCUGUUGUUCAGUCAAAUCUUAGCGACUUUCUCCGUUACAGAUCCCGUGGCUCAGAGGAAAGAGAUUGAUAGCAUCUGCUUAUUUUUUGUCAUGGUGGGCGUCAUCUCCUUCUUCACACAGAUGCUGCAGGGUUAUGCCUUCUCCAAGUCUGGAGAGCUGCUGACCCGCAGGUUACGUCGUCUGGGCUUCCACGCCAUGCUGGGCCAGGAUAUUGGCUGGUUUGAUGAUCACAGGAACAGUCCUGGUGCUCUGACCACACGACUGGCAACCGACGCCUCUCAAGUACAAGGGGCUACUGGCUCCCAGAUCGGCAUGAUCGUCAACUCUCUGACCAACAUCGGGGUGGCCAUCCUUAUGUCCUUUUACUUCAGCUGGAAGCUCACGCUGCUUAUCCUGUGCUUCCUGCCCUUCAUCGCUCUAUCAGGUGGUUUCCAGGCCAAGAUGCUCACUGGGUUUGCCAAGCAGGACAAGGAAGCUAUGGAGUCGGCUGGACGGAUUUCAGGUGAAGCCCUGAACAACAUUCGCACCAUCGCUGGUCUUGGGAAGGAGAGGAAUUUUGUGGACAUGUAUAGCGCACAGCUGGAUGCUCCAUACAAGGCAGCCUUGAAGAAGGCUAACGUCUACGGGGCUUGUUACGGUUUCGCCCAAUGUGUCGUCUUCUUGACCAACUCCGCCUCUUAUCGGUUCGGGGGUUACUUGGUACGCCAAGAAGGGCUACAUUUCAGCUUGGUGUUCAGGGUCAUUUCUGCCAUCGUCACUAGUGGCACCGCCCUGGGGAGAGCCUCCUCCUACACCCCUGACUAUGCCAAGGCCAAGAUUUCUGCUGCACGUUUCUUCCAGCUGCUGGACCGCACACCUCAGAUUAGCGUCUACAGUAACAACGGGGAUAAAUGGGAUAACUUCCAAGGCAACAUUGAGUUCAUUGACUGCAAGUUCACUUACCCCACCCGACCAGACAUCCAGGUCCUCAAUGGGCUGAAUGUGGCGGUGAAGCCCGGCCAGACGUUGGCCUUUGUGGGUAGCAGCGGCUGUGGAAAGAGCACCAGUGUGCAGCUUCUGGAGAGGUUUUAUGACCCCGACAAAGGCAGAGUGCUGAUUGACGGUCGCGACUCGACUCUCGUCAACGUGUCUUUUCUGCGAUCCAAGAUUGGCAUCGUGUCCCAGGAGCCAAUCUUGUUUGACUGCAGCAUCGCAGAAAAUAUCAAGUAUGGUGACAACUCACGGGACAUCGGAAUGGAUGAUGUCAUCUCCGCUUCCAAGAAAUCACAGCUCCACGACUUUGUCAUGUCUCUUCCCGAGAAAUAUGACACAAACGUGGGCGCCCAGGGUUCUCAGUUAUCUCGAGGUCAAAAGCAACGCAUUGCCAUUGCCAGGGCAAUCGUACGUGACCCCAAGAUCCUGCUCCUGGAUGAAGCCACCUCAGCUCUGGACACAGAGAGUGAGAAGACAGUGCAAGCGGCGCUGGACAGAGCUAGAGAGGGCAGGACCUGCAUCGUUAUCGCCCACCGUCUGUCCACCAUUCAGAACUCAGAUAUUAUCGCCGUCAUGUCCCGGGGCUAUGUGAUCGAGAAGGGAACCCACGACCAGCUUAUGGCCUUGAAUGGAGCCUACUACAAGUUGGUCACCACUGGAGCGCCAAUCAGCUAAUAGCUUUGGGAGUGGAACUUAUUGGAAACAAAUGUGAUGAGCUGAGUUAUUGCAGGCGUUGGAAGCUGACUGAACAUCAGGAAGUAACUCUUCACCUUUACGGUAUUUAUUUGUGUGGGAAAGAAUGUUUACUGAAUUAAUUCAGGAUGAUGGAUCUAUGUUGUGGUGCAACAUAUUUUCACUUGCCAACAUAUAGUACGUGGCUUUGAGAGUUCCCAGCACAUUACACAAUAAGGGUGGUUUGCAUUAGCCAACAAUGAGGAUGUGGUGAGUACCGUAAAACGGGGUUAUAAGGGACGGCGGGGUAAUAAAGGUGUAAUUAAAGGUGUAAUAAGGGACAAUUUUCAGGAAAAUAUUUUAAAUGUAACUCUGUCUUUUCAUGUUAAACAAUAAGCUGCUUUGUGUUGUUUUUUUUUUAAAGAAGCAUAUAUUCUUGAACAAAUCGUUCAAAAAACAUUUUCUCGAAAAUUGUCCCUUAUUACCACGCUGUCCCUUAUAAUCCCGUUUCACAGUACCUAUACCUUUUGUACUUUAAAUGUAUUAACUUAGUCAAUGAGGCAUCUUUAAUGUUGCCCAUCAUUCACAAUCCUUAUGUGAAACAUUAACACAUUUCUUACCGUGCAUUCUUACAAGAGAAAACAAGUUAGCAUGAGCUAGCUAACAAUGCACAAAAAACUCUUCAAAAAACAGCAACAGUGUUCCACUUACAAAAUCAAGCGACAUCAAUAUUGUUAUUGUGGCAGCUAAGAGGAAAAAGUAUAUUGAUCUGGCGGCGUAACACGAUCCCUCGCUAGCUGCUAGUGUCGGUAUCGAAUCACCAUGCCUCAAGCAGCGUUGACAACAGGACACUUUCAAUUUCGCCAUGAAGACUCAAUAAGAUGCUUGUGUGCUGUCAGCAUUUUUUUGCUAAAAACUGGACUGUGCUGGAAGAUACAGCCAUCCCAAAACAUUAUUUGAGUUGUUUUUUUUUUUUAAAGAGGGCUUCAAAAUCAAAAUAGGUACGUACCUACCGAUGACGUAAAAUGUUAGCUGGCUCGUUUUCUCUUGUUAGGAUGCAUAGAAAAGGGAAAUAAAUAUGCAGCUUUAAUUUACAGAGAAACCAUCAAGUCCUAUGACUUUCCUAUACCUAUCUAUAAUAAAUGAAAGACAACUAACAUACUGUUAAUACAGAUAAUCCCCAUUUUGCUGAAAUGUUGUGCCUCUCAGUCCAAUACACGUGUGUUUUUUAUUUUUUUCAACAAAUUUGUGUUGAAUAAGCUAAACAACCUUAGGCUUGUUCUACUAAGAUGAACCUAACCAGGAUCUCUUCUUUGUUUUUGAUGUGUGGAUAACAGAGUUUGUCGUCUGAGCAGGUUGACGUAAAAGGGGCGGUGUUAGCAGCAGAUUACCAAUCUCAAACAUGACAAAUGUACCCCAAUGUAAAGACAUUAUACAUGCUUAAGUAAGUACACUUGCAAGUUCGAAAUAUACAAGAGUGAUGACUGAC